AGAAAGUUGCCUAUCGUGAUUGUUUUGGCUUCUCUGUUGUAUGUUUUUCUUCCGCUUUUUCUGGAUUUUCCGGCAAUAAAUACAUCAAAGUUUGCUUGAAAGAGUAUUAAGAUGAGUUCCCUGAACAUUCCUACGGAUUUUGGUCCUGAUUCCGGGGGGAGAGUUAAGGGGCUAACAAUCGUUAAGCCAAUUGUCUAUGGGAAUGUGGCGAGAUCCUUUGGGAAGAAACGCGAAGAGGACGGGCAUACGCAUCAGUGGAAUGUCUACGUGAAGCCCUACUUCAAUGAGGACAUGUCAAUCUAUGUGAAGAAGAUUCAUUUCAAAUUGCACGAGAGCUACGCGAAUCCCUCGAGAAUCCUCACAAAACCCCCGUAUGAGGUUACGGAAACGGGAUGGGGGGAGUUUGAGGUGGUCAUUAAGAUUUACUUUCACGAUCCCACGGAACGCCCCGUGACGCUCUAUCACAUCCUCAAGCUCUUCCAAUCACCCAUCGUUGAGGGUGAAGUAUCGUCGAUUGACAGCAAAAAAGGGCUUGUUUCGGAGUCCUACGAGGAGAUUGUCUUCCAGGAACCCACUCAGCUUAUGCAGCACUACCUCACGAAUGUUCAAUCCCUGCCCAAUGAUAGCUGGAAGCAUGAUACUGACUUUGAGGAACGAAAACGCAAAUCUCUGGACAAUAUCAUUGAGGCCAAGGUGAAGGUUAAAUCCGAGAUUACCGUGCUGAAGGAUAAGCUAAAAUUGGCCCGGGAAACAAUUGCCAAAUUCAAAGCAGAACUAGCCAAAGUUCAGCCCUCAAAUUCUCAAUGAAACUCCACACAGAUUUCCCCCCAAAAAUUAAGAAAUAAUUUAUAUAUUUUACGAA